AUGGCGUCUAUUCUCUCCCCCGUUGUGACUCAGAGCCUGAACAAGCCCGUCGACCAGUGCUUGAGCGCUGGAACUGGCUUCCGUAACUUUAAAGCCCCAUUCGAUCCGACUGUCGACUGCGCAGCCGGAAGCGAAAUCGUUCAACGUCUGCGCCAUCUCGACCAGACUCUGAAGGUCUACACCCCCUCCUCGCCUAACUACGAGGCGCUCCGCAGCGUCUAUAAUAAGCAAAUCACCGCCCGGCCCCAAGCUAUUUGUCGCCCGACGACCGUCGCCCAGGUGCAGGCGAUUGUCCGCACCAGCACGCAGCUGGGCGUGCCGCUGGCCGUGCGUGCAAUUGGCCACGCUUUCUUCGGCCAGUCUUGCGUCGCUGACAGCGUCAUGCUGGACAUGCGGGAGAUGGACUCGUUGACGCUCUCCCACGACCUGAAGACCGUCCAUGUCGGCGGUGGCACGCUCACCCGUAACUUGAUCGGAUUUCUGGACACCCACGACCUCGUUACAGCAAGUAGCACAGCCGGCUGUAUUGGCUGGACGGGCUGGGCGCUUUCUGGCGGCUAUGGCCCGCUGAACAGCUACGCCGGUUUUGGUGCGGAUAACAUUGUGUCUGCCAGGGUGGUGACGGCGGAUGGAAACGUUGUCGACGCUGGCGCCAACGAUGAUCUUCUCUGGGGUAUUCGCGGAGCUGGUGGAAGUCUCGGAGUUGUCGUCGAGUCGACUGUGCAGACGUACGCCGUUCCCACGAUGUUGGGUGGUCAGGUCCAGUACAAACAGGGCGAAUCCGCCAAGGCGUUGCUGGGCUUGCAGCGUCUGCUCGAAGCAGGCGUUCCCGAGGAGCUCUGCCUUCAGCUCGAACUGUCUCAGAAGGCGGUUAAUGUGAUUGCCGGCUGGGUGGGAGAUGUUAACGAAGGCCAGAAGUGGAUGGAUAUGGUGCGUGGUCUUGCAAAGGUCCAGCUGGACACUGUCGAGCAGACCACCUUCAACGCUCUCCAGGGCCUGGCAACCAAGGACAUUCCGCUGUCCGCUCACACGACUACUCGCGGCGUCUCCAUCACCCGGAUGACGCCAGAAGUCAUCGACAUCCUCCAGCACUCCCUGAGCGAAGCAGGUGCCUCCUACACCAUCACCGGCCUCCUGAACUACGGCCGCUCUGCACAGACCAGCCCCUCCGCCUCGUUCGGCCUGCGUGAGCCGCACGUCCAGCUUUUCGUCAACGCGUACGACGAACCUGCGCGCAUGGCGGUCGCCUCCAGAUGGGUCAAUGGCCUUGCUGACCAGAUUCAAAUCACUGGUCAGGCAAUGGAGGCGAGCUACGCUAGCUUUGCUGCGCCUGGAGACAAGGUUAACGAGAGCUUUGGCGAUGGAUUGGACAAGUUGCGGGAGUUGAAGGCGGAUGUUGACCCCAGCAACGUGUUCCGGGGACUUUGGAAUGCGGAGUAA